GUCAGCUCCGAGGCCGCGGGGGCAGCGACGCGCCGGGCAGCGGGAGCGGCGGCCGCGCCAUGUGGCUGCUGGGGCCGCUGUGCCUGCUGCUGAGCAGCGCCGCGGAGAGCCAGCUGCUCCCCGGGAACAAUUUCACCAACGAGUGCAACAUUCCGGGCAACUUCAUGUGCAGCAACGGGCGGUGCAUCCCGGGCGCCUGGCAGUGCGACGGGCUGCCUGACUGCUUCGACAAGAGCGACGAGAAGGAGUGUCCCAAGGUCAAGUCGAAAUGCGGCCCGACCUUCUUCCCCUGUGCCAGCGGCAUCCACUGCAUCAUCGGCCGCUUCCGGUGUAACGGGUUCGAGGACUGUCCCGACGGCAGCGACGAAGAGAACUGCACAGCAAACCCUCUGCUUUGCUCCACCGCCCGCUACCACUGUAAGAACGGGCUCUGCAUCGACAAGAGCUUCAUCUGCGACGGGCAGAACAACUGCCAGGACAACAGCGACGAGGAAAGCUGCGAGAGCUCGCAAGAACCGGGCAGCGGGCAGGUGUUUGUGACGUCGGAGAACCAGCUGGUGUACUACCCCAGCAUCACCUACGCCAUCAUCGGCAGCUCCGUCAUCUUCGUGCUGGUGGUGGCCCUGCUGGCGCUGGUCCUGCACCACCAGCGCAAGCGAAACAACCUCAUGACGCUGCCGGUGCACCGGCUGCAGCACCCCGUGCUGCUGUCCCGCCUCGUGGUGCUGGACCACCCGCACCACUGCAACGUCACCUACAACGUCAACAACGGCAUCCAGUACGUGGCCAGCCAGGCCGAGCAGAACGCCUCGGAAGUGGGCUCCCCGCCCUCCUACUCGGAGGCCCUGCUGGACCAGAGACCCGCGUGGUAUGACCUCCCUCCGCCACCCUACUCUUCCGACACCGAGUCACUGAACCAGGCCGACCUGCCACCUUACCGCUCCCGGUCGGGGAGUGCCGACAGCGCCAGCUCCCGGGCAGCCAGCAGCCUCCUGAGCGUGGAAGACACGGCCUCCAGCCCGGGGCAGCCCGACCCUCCGGAGGGCACCACCGAGCCCAGGGACUCUGUGCCCAGCCAGGGCACCGAAGAAGUAUAAAAUCCAGCUAUUCCAAAGUCCACAUGGGUUCAUCCGCUCUGACUUGUUACCAUCCUAACAACCUGCCCUCAGGGGGAGUCGGGGUGCCUCGGGGACUGAUCUGGGGUGUCAGCUGUCUCUCCAUCCCCCUCCUGCCCCAGAGUUCAAGGAGGUCCUCUGGUGGGUGGCCUGUCGUUUUCCUGGCCCCUCCAUUGGCACGAUGUGUGUGGACGUCUGUCCUGGGAGGUGAUUCUUCCAUUCGGCCCAGGGUCACAGUCACUCUCCACGUCAUUCUUCUGUUACCGCUGUCAUCUGGCUGAGGAGGGGACAGGAUCACACGCGUUUAGGGAGCGUCUGAGAGAGCAGUUUCUGUGACGUGUCGGACGUGCAGAAGGGCAGGCACCCGGCCACAUGCGCUGUGGGCUGCCGUCUGAUAGCUGUUUGGGGGUCCGGUGCCUUUCUCCCUCGGUUAGGGUCUGUGUGUUCCUGCUAGCUGUCCUCUCUCUCUGUGCCCCGCCAGCCCCAGGGCCCCCCACCAGGAGGCCGCCAUGGGAUGGCCGCCCUGCAGGGAGGCCAGGCGAGCACCCAGCCUCGCACUGUCCUACGCAUUCCCCUCCGUUCAGCGGAGGCAGCGGCCAGAGAACACGUUGGACACGAGGUACGCCCUUCGGUAAUCGGCCGUGUCACCUAGAGGUUGUGAAUGACCCUGAACCUGCCCUCUCUGGAGAGAUUCUGGCUUUAACAUUUUGCCUGAGAAUCCCCGUUUGGAGAGCUUGUCUGGCCGCAUGUAUCAUCAGCCUCGUCCCAGAACAGGCAGGAGUUUCCCGGGUUCUCAGCUCCCGAGAGGCAGGCUGCGAGAGCGAGGCCUGCUGUGUCCACGGCCCCUUCCCUGGCUCCGGGAUCGGCAGCCUCCCAGCUGUGACCUGCCUACGGCCCGGCGAUGUGCCCCCCACUGGAGUGACCCUCGGUGCCUGUGAACCACACUCAGCCAGCCGCCCUUCCUGCAGCUUCGACACUAGCCCCCCAAGUUCCCUUAACACUCAGCAGUCACCUUACCUGUGUAUUUGGACUUGACCCUGCGGUUUCUAACCCGUGUGAGAACCGUAUUCAGUACCUCCCCCCACCCCCAGCUCCCAGCUCCCUGCGCUGCACACCCUCCCCACCCCCAGGCCCUGACCGAUGUAGGUAGGGUCAGGGUUACAGUUAGAGUUGGGCCCCUUCAAACAUCCCAUCGUUUCUCCCCUGAGAGACACGGACAGUGGACAAUUUGGAGUCGAGAUUUGCCAUUCGGACUUUUUUUUUUUUUUUAAUCUUUUAGAAAUGCAUUUGAAACAGUGUGUUUGGGUUUUUUUUUCCCUUCUAGUUAAGGGACUAUUUAUAUGUGUAUAGGACAGCUGUCUUUUUUGUUGUUGUGUUUUCUUUAGUGAGGUCCAAAGAAAGAUGCAGACGGGGUUCAGGCCCGUGUCCCGCUGAUCCCCCGAUACAAGUCACUCCAGACGGGCCCGUGUGCCAGGCGCUGGUGCACUGCGGCGCUUGGAAUUGUCAUUUAUGGAGUCCUCGAAGGAUGCUGGACGAGGGACUGCCUUUCUCCCUCCGUCCCGGUCUCUGCGUUCCUGCUAGCUGUCCUCUCGCUCUGUGCCCCGCCAGCCACAGGGCCCACCCCCUGGGGAAGUAAUGGGUAGAAGCCUAGGCCUUACUCGGCAAGAUGCUGAUGGGAUAAAACUGGAACCAGGCGGAGCUAGGCUGGGCAGCUCGCACCCACUCAGGGCCUCUUUCCGCAGCCCAGGGCGCUUUCGGCCACCUCUGAUGCUCACUCACAAGGAGCCUGCGGCGGGGAGGAAGGGGCAUCCAAUGAUCCUUGUCCUGCAGACUUCUUUUCUUAACCAAAUCCAGAGGAUGUUACGGAAAAGCUAACCGCGUGGCGGUUUUUUUUUUCUUUUUUUAAGGAAAGGAAAGGAACCCAGUUGCUUGCAUCUUUUACUUUUAAAAUAACGCUUUAUUUCCCGAGUAAUCCCAUAAAGCAAGGACUUGGGAUGGCGGCCAGCGUGUGUUAGGACUCGGGCUGAACGGUGCCUCUCCUGCGAGUGAGAGUGGCUGUAUUUCUCCCUCUGAUGGGCCCCUGCUUCUGCCUGGUGCUCGGGAAGUGGCUUAGAGCAAAGGAUUUUAAUUUUAAUUAAUUUUCAGUGAACUAAUCUCCUGUACAAUUCUGCUUCCAGGCAUUUUAGGGGAACAAAUGCUGUUAGUAGAUAAGGGGAGCUUAUUAAAUGUUUUUUAAAAAACAAACAAAAAAAAACCACAGGGACAUUUUUAUUAUAGAUUUGUGGUUGUUGUUUUUUUAAUGAAUGUUUUUAAAAGUAUGUAAAUAGGACAGCAAAGCUGCAGGGGUUUUAGGGUUUUCCCCCCUCAGGAUAACAAAACAAGUGGCCCGCGAUAUUUUUUAACUCAUUCCGAUCAGGAUAUUUUUUUAGACGUUGCCUAAAAUCGAUGCCAACUGGAGAACCAUCUCUGCUCUCUUUUCUCAAAUGCGAUCAAUGAGUCCUUUUUUAUUUUCGCAUUAAAAUACUUUCACUGUGAUAGCUAGCUUACCACCGGACUCCGCUCCCUCUAAUUUGACAUCGACAAUUUUUAAAAAUGCAACUAAGUGGUUAAUAGUGUGUGAUGUUUAAAGUUGAUGUAAACUGGAAAGGUUGUGUGCAGUUGUACUCCUUUUUUUUUUUUUUUUUUUUUGGCUAGGGUUGUGUGUUGUUGUUUUUUUAAUUUUAUACUUUUCAAAUAAACAUGCAGUUUCAUUCUUUC